UCGUUCACUAGAGGGUGCCUCUCUCAAAAACGUCAUCUGUACGUAGCAGGAAGUAUCUUGACGACAACCAAACUGCAGCUGUCUGAGCUCUUCAGCUAUCUAUCAUAUGACAAGUAACGGAAAAAAACGCAAUGGAAGUCGUGAAACAGUAAAGCUUACGCUACUACGCUGGAACCGGAGGGUUGUGAUUAAGCGACGAAAGGGAUUUACCGUUAUCUGGCCUUUCAGAAGAUUGUAAUAUUCGUACUUCAAUGUCUUCUGGGUGUCCACCCCAGUCACCAGCUGUGGCAAAAUCUGAAGUAGCAAUAGAGGGAGAAUGCCCACUGCUGGCUGCCACCUUUGCGUACUGGGACAAUAUCUUAGGUCCACGUGUCCAUCACAUUUGGGCACCAAAGGGUGAUCAUGUGAUGUUCCUCAGCGAUGGAGAUGUGACCUUCCUGGCCAAUCACACAUUAAAUGGAGAGAUUCUGCGCAGUGCAGAGUGUGGCGCAGUGGACGUGAAGUUUUUUGUCCUGGCAGAGAAGGGCGUCAUCAUUGUGUCACUCAUCUUCGAUGGUGAGCUGAAGGGGGACAAAAACACCUACGCCUUGUCCAUUAUUCUGCCGCAGACGGAGCUGGCCUUCUACCUGCCUUUGCACACCAUCUGUGUGGAGAGGCUAAAGCAUGCUAUCCGCAAGGGACGCAUUUGGCUGCAAAAGGGCUACAACAUCAUCGCAGUGCUGAGCUUGGAGAUUGUUUCUAUUAUGGAGCUGCUUGCUUCCAUGAAGACACACAGUGUGCCUGAAGACAUAGAUAUAAAAUACACCGUGCUAAAUGAUGAUGACAUUGGGGACAGCUGCCACGAAGAUUUCCUCCACAAGGCCAUCAGCUCUCAUCUCCAGACUUGUGGUUGUUCAAUAGUGGUUGGAAGCAACCCAGAGAAAGUAAACAAGAUCGUGCGAACACUUUGCCUCUUUCUCACUGCUGCUGAGAAGAAAUGUUCACGCCUUUGCAAGGCAGACUCAUCCUUCAAAUAUGAUACAGGCCUUUUUGUUCAGGGUCUGCUAAAGGGAGACCGCAGGCAGUACGGUUUGGCAGCAAACACAUCCAGCACCAUCACUCUGAACACGGUGGCCCCUCAAGGUUGUGUGUUGAGCCACCUCUUCUUCACACCGCUGACCUAUGACUGCACACCGGCAUACAGUCCCAACCUCUUCAUCAAGUUUCCAGACGACACAACUGUGGUGGGUUUCAUCAGCAACGGGGACAAGACAAACUGCAGGAGUGAGGUGAGCCGCCUGGCCGGGUGGUGCACGGACAACAAUCUCCCCCUAAAUGUGGAGAAAACCAAGGAGAUUGUUGUGGACUUCAGGAGAGCACACUCCCAGCAUGAUCCCCUGAGCAUUUAUGGUGUUGCAGUGGAGAGAGUGCGCAGCACCAAGUUCCUGGGAGUGCACAUCACCGAGGACCUCAUCUGGACCAGCAACACCUCAUCACUGGCCAAAAAAGCUAACCAGUGUGUCUACGUCCUGCGCAAGCUGAGAAGGGUCAGAGCCUCUACCCUCAUCAUGUGCUCGUUUUACAGAGGGACCAUAAAGAGCAUCUUGACCAAUUGCAUCACUGUGUGGUACGGAGCCGGCACCAUAUCCUGCCACAAGAAUCCAUGGGGUAGUGAGGGCAGCUGAGAAGAUCAGUGGAACCUCUCUUCCCUCCCUGCAGGACAUUUACAUCACCCGCCUCACCCACAAAGCCCUCCGCAUAGCGGGGGAUGCUACCUAUCCGUCACACAGCCUCUUUAGUCUGUUGCCAUCAGGGAGUAGACUGCAGAAUCUGCAGGCCAGGACGAGUUGACUCAGACAGCUUUGUUCAUCAGGCUGUCAGGAAUCUGGACUCUCUGCCCGUUUUGCCCCCUCGACCUCUUCUGUCCUCUGCCCACCUGAACUCCGAACUCUGACGCCCCACGCACAUGCACACACACUCACUCACUCACUCACUCACACACACACACACAUACACUAGACUCAGGAUCGCACCAGCCACUUUAGCAGCAUUGGGGUUUUGUCAUCUAAUUUAUAUAGCGUAAUUUAUCGUGUAUAAUGCGCAUUUUUUCCCCCCAAAAAUUAUCAAGUCAAUAGUGUGCAUUAUACAUAGGUAUAGGGGAAAAUAGAAAAAACUUUCACAUUUUAUAAAUGUAUACCGCCAUCUAGAGGUUAUGAAAAUGCUGUACACUUUCAUUCCAAUAUGCCACCGCCACCUAGAGGUUAGGAAAAAGGUGUAGCCUACACUUUCAUUGCAAUAUAACAGGGGUACGUAUGACUGCAUAUACAGUAUGUACAGUUGUGCUUAUAAGUUUACAUACCGUGGUAGAAUUUGUGAAAUAUUGUUUUUUUUAAUACGACUGAUGACGGAACAACAACCAUCAUUCAUUUCUUUAUCGUUAUGUUUUGUUUGAUGAUCAUGCUUUUCCGAAAUGCUUGACAGUUUACAACCCCCAUUCCAAUGAAGUUGGGACGUUGUGUUAAACAUAAAUAAAAACAGAAUACAAUGAUUUGCAAAUCAUGUUUGACCUAUAUUUAUUUGAAUACACUACAAAGACAAGAUAUUUAAUGUUGAAACUGAUCAACUUUAUUGUUUUUGGCAAAUAAUCAUUAACUGAGAAUUUUAUGGCUGCGACACGUUCCAAAAAAGCUGGGACAAGGUCAUGUUUACCACUGUCUUACGUCACCUUUUCUUUUAACAACAUUCAAUAAACGUUUGGGAACUGAGGAUACUAAUUGUUGAAGCUUUGUAGGUGGAAUUCUUUCCCAUUCUUGCUUGAUCUACAGCUUCAGCUGUUCAACAGUCCGGGGUCUCCGUUGUCGUAUUUUACGCUUCAUAAUACGCCACACAUUUUCACUGGGAGACAGGUCUGGACUGCAGGCAGUCUAGUACCCGCACUCUUUUACUACGAAGCCACGCUGUUGUAACACGUGCAGAAUGUGGUUUGGCAUUGUGUUGCUGAAAUAAGCAGGGGCGUCCAUGAAAAAGACAUUGCUUGGAUGGUAGCAUAUGUUUCUCCAAAACCUGUAUGUACCUUUCAGCAUUAAUGGUGCCUACACAGAUGUGUACGUUACCCAUGCCAUUGGCACUAACACAGCCCCAUACCAUCACAGAUGCUGGCUUUUGAACUUUGCAUCCAUAACAGUCCGAAUGGUUCUUUUCCUCUUCCCCCGGAGGACACAAUGUCCACAAUUUCCAGAAACAACUUGAAAUGUGGACUCGUUGGACCACAGAACACUUUUCCACUUUUCAUCAGUCCAUGUUAGAUAAAGAAGCCGGCGGCGUUUCUGGGUGUUGUUGAAACAUGUCUUUUGCUUUGCAUAGUAGAGUUUCAAGUUGCACUUAUGGAUGUAGCACCGAACUGUAUUUACUGACAUUGGUUUUCUGAAGUGUCCCUAAGUCCAUGUGGUGAUAUCCUUUACACAUUGAUGUCGGUUUUUGAUGCAGUGCCGCCUGAGGGAUCGAAGGUCACAGGCAUUCAAUGUUGGUUUUCGGCCUAGCCGCUUACAUGCAGUGAUUUCUCCAGAUUCUCUGAACCUUUUGAUCAUAUUAUGGACCGUAGAUUAUGAAAUCCCUAAAUUCCUUUCAAUUGUAUGUUGAGGGACAUUGUCCUUAAACUGUUCGACUAUUUUCUCACUCACUUGUUCACAAAGAGGUGAAACUCUUUGCUUGUGAAUGACUGAGCAAUUCAGGGAAGCUCCUUUUAUACCCAAUCAUGGCACCCACCUGUUCCCAAUUAGCCUGUUCACCUGUUGGAUAUUCCAAAUAGGUGUUUGAUGAGCAUUCCUCAACUUUCUCAGUCUUUUUUGCCACCUGUCCCAGCUUUUUUGGAACGUGUUGUAACCAUAAAAUUCUAAGUUAAUGAUUAUUUGCUAAAAACAAUCACGUUCAUCAGUUUGAACAUUAAAUAUCUUAUAUAUAUAUAUCUAUAGUGUAUUCAAUUAAAUAUAGGUCGAACAUGAUUUGCAAAUCAUUGUAAUCUGUUUUUUAUUUAUGUCUAACACAAUGUCCCAGCUUCAUUGGAAUUGGGGUUGUAAUUUGUAUCCAUUAAAAUAAAAUUAAAUGUUUCGCCUUGCCCUACAUAUUUUCAUCAAAGAAUUGAACACAUCUUUCAAAUUCUGCCUGGGUACAGAAUGAGCACACCUGUGUGUUUUCUCAUUUACUAAAUAAAAGUAAGGCUGUGAAUUUCAAAAUAAGAGCACGUAAAUAAAAAGAAAGUAUUACCUGUUCAAAUAAAGUGCUUAACAUCCGAAUAAUCAUUUAAAAAAACUAACAAAAUACAGAUAAUACUUCAUGUUUUGAUCAUAUGAAUAGAAGCAAAAUCAUGCACUGUAAAAUUGCAUUAUUAUUCAUGGAUGCGCAUUAUACACGCCUUAUUUGCCUUGGUUCUCUGACCUUGACUAUGUUGCACAGGUCACCUGAUCUUCGAUAGUUGCACAUUCAAUUAAUACUUUCAUUCUACAAUUAUUACUUCCGAAUAAAUAUUUGAAAAAACUAACAAAAUACAGAUAAUACUUCGUUUUGAUCAUAUGGAUAGAAGCAAAAUCAUGCAUUGUAAAAUUGAUGUUUGAUAGUUGCACAUUCAAUUAAUACUUUUUAUACUGUAUAGACCAUAGUUUUAUUGAGCUUUUUAUAUUGUUAUUAUUUGUACUGUAUUUUGUAGCACUACGGGUCUUUGAGUACCGUUUUAAUCCUCUGUAUGUGUUACACAUAUUGAAGAAUUGACAAUAACACCUUGUACCUUCUAUAUAGUGGUUUAUCUACACCAUCACAGUGCCCAGAGCGCUUUAUCCAUCCAUCCAUUUUCUGAGCCGCUUCUCCUCACUAGGGUCGCGGGUGUGCUGGAGCCUAUCCAAGCUAUCAUCGGGCAGG